UAUGAGACACAAAGAAUGAAGAAUAUUAAUAAAAACCGUGAGAGAAUGAAUACUCUAGGAGUGAAGAAUAUAACAACUUGUUUGAAGGCUACGGUUCAACAUAAGAAAUUGAGGAAGGAAAAACAAAUACCAAUUGAGGAAAAUGACGAUGAUUAUCGACCGUCAGAGGCUGAAGAUGGCAGUGACACUGAAUCCUAUGAUUCGUUUGAGCAUGAGCUGUUAGAGAUACCAUCGAGAGCCCAUUCACAAUCUCAUCAUGAGGCAUUGACCCACGCAUUAGAAGAGGGGGAUACCUCUUCACGUCCUGAGGUGACUAGCAAUCCGCCACCACCUCUCAAUGUGGAGCCUCAACUUGAGGUGACUGCUGGUAAUACUAUUGCUGCUAAGCGUGCUCGUGGCCCGACUCGAGGCAAAGAGGUUCAAGGCCUUGUUGAUAGAGAUGGAAAGCUUAGUGUGCCUAUCCCUCCAGAAUUUCGUGCACCGGUAGGGGACUAUGCCUCAAAACUAGCCUCAAAGAUUGGUGUAGAAGUGCGAACUCGUUUAUCAGAUCCAAGUGUUCGUAGGUGGAAGUAUGUUGAUGCCUCCGUUAAGGAGGCGAUGUUUCAACGCUUGAAUGUAAGUUCGUUGUCUACUUAUAGGAGAUUUUACUCAUUUUUAUAAUAGGUUAGAAAUCUUAAUUAUUUAUUGUAAUUAUUUUAUUUUUUAUAAGAAUUAUCUAUGACUUAUCUAUUUUUUGCAGGAUCAAUUUGA